AUGCUUCCGAAGCAAGCCGCAAGCACGCUAGAAGGAGUAAGCGAGCCAAUUCUGCUAAAAGAGAGCCACAAAAACAGGCCUAUGUGGGUUUCCCCAGAUGGCGUUAUGAUACUGGAAAUGCACUCGGAGCAGAGCCAGCAGGCGCAAGACUUCCUUAUCGCAAUAGCAGAGCCAGUCACCCGGCCUGCAAACAUGCACGAGUACAAGCUAACCGCCUAUUCGCUCUACGCUGCAGCAAGUGUGGGGCUGAAAACUGAAGAUAUCAUAGACACAAUGGACAGAUUCAGCAAGAACAAAGUGCCGCUGAGCAUUUUGAACUUCAUUCGGUCCUGCACAACGAGCUACGGAAAAAUAAAAAUGGUGAUUCGGCAGGGAAGAUACUUUAUAGAGUCGCAGGAAAAUCAGAACAUAUCGUUUCUCUACAAAGACCCUGUGAUCCAGCAGCUGUGCAUUCCCAUAGCAGAAGAAAAGAAGGGCAUCGUAAAUUUUGAGAUAGAGCAAUCAAAAGUUGAGCUGGCUAAGAAAAGAUGCAUAGAGCUAGACUACCCCCUGAUUGAGGAGUACGAUUUCCGCACAGAAAAUACACUUCCUCUUUUGGACAUAGACCUGAAGCCCACAACUUCAAUAAGAACGUAUCAGGAGUUCAGCCUCAACAAAAUGUUCGGAAAUGGCAGAGCGCGCUCAGGGAUUAUUGUCCUGCCAUGCGGCGCUGGAAAGACUCUCGUGGGGAUUGUGGCUCUGUGCACGAUGAAGAGAUCCUGUCUGAUACUCUGCACAACCUCGGUUUCUGUAGAGCAGUGGAAACAGCAGAUAAAACACUUUACAAAUAUAAAGGAUGAAUCGAUAGCGAUGCUCACAUCAGACACAAAGGAAAAGUUUACAGGGCACGCGGGAGUAGUUGUCAGCACGUAUACAAUGGUGUCGUACAGCGGAAAAAGAUCGUAUGACACGCAGAAGAUAAUGGACUUUCUGACAAACACCGAGUGGGGCCUCGUUAUAUUCGACGAGGUGCAUGUAGUGCCUGCGAAUAUGUUCAGACGAGUUGUCUCCACAAUUAUCUCGCACUGCAAGCUCGGCCUCACUGCUACGCUUGUGCGAGAAGAUGAAAAAAUUGAGGAUCUGAACUUUUUGAUUGGGCCGAAGCUGUACGAGGCAGACUGGCUGAACCUCAGCGCACAGGGCCACAUAUCCAAGGUGAGCUGCACAGAAGUAUGGUGCAAAAUGACGGGUGACUUCUACAAGCAGUAUUUAAUAGCUGAUAUAAGAAAAAAAAGAAUACUCGCUACUAUGAACCCAACAAAAAUACAGAUGUGCGAAUAUAUUAUAAAUAAGCACGAGGCCCUGGGGGAUAAAAUAAUCGUUUUUUCAGAUAACGUAUUUACUCUCAAGGCGUAUGCUCUUAAGUUUGGAAAGCCGUUUAUAUACGGGCCCACAGGCCAGGUGGAGAGGAUGCACAUUCUUAACCAGUUCAGAACCAAUCCAAAAAUAAACACAAUUUUUCUGUCGAAGGUGGGAGACACUUCGAUUGAUCUCCCAGAGGCUACGUGUCUAAUACAGAUAUCAGGGCACUUUGGAAGCAGAAGACAGGAGACACAGCGGCUGGGAAGAAUUCUCAGGGCGAAGAGAAGAACAGACGAAGGAUUCACUGCGUAUUUCUACACAUUGGUGAGCAUGGACACAGAAGAAGUCCCGUACUCCACCAGAAGGAGACAGUUUCUGAUCGACCAGGGAUACUCAUUCAAAAUAAUAGAGGAGAUAGAAGAGAUGGAGGACAAUCCGCCAACAGCCUACAGGACAAAAACAGAGCAAAACGAACUCCUUGCCUCAAUUCUCAUGGCGUCAGAGCGGGAAAUACAGACAGAGUCAGAAGAUGACGAAAUAGAAAAAAUAGAAAAGAAAGUGUCAAGCAGAAAACUAGCAGGGCCUGCCCACCUGUCCUACACAGAAAAAAGAACAAGAUGA